AUGAACUCUCCUAAUGGAGUCGUCGUCUCUCGUGCCCUACGUGGCGGUUCCUACCGCUUCUUGCAGCGUUUAAUAACCUUUGCCGCUAAUUCCUUUGUACUACGUAAGUUACAUCUUCAUGUGACUGGUACGGUAACGAUUCAAUUGGAAUUAGUAUUGGCUUCCAUCUUCCUACUCCGCGAUGGAUUUCGGUUGGCAUUUUUACGAAUGCCAUCGCUUGACUUUAAAGGCCCAAGCAAUGAAAAACAUAUUUAUCUACAACAAUUAGUAAAUGUUGCAUGGUUAUCAACUGUCGUUAGUUGGAUGGUGGCAAGUCUUUUAUUUCUCUAUAUAAUGGUUUCAGACACUUUGAAAGAUGACGAAACAAUGACAGGAUAUGUGACCGUAUUGAGCAUGUAUUGUUGUGCUGCAAUGAUUGAAGCAUUAGCAGAACCAAUGUACGUAUUAGCGCAUGCUAGUGUGCUAGUGAGUUGGCAAGUGGCGGCUCAAAGUGCUGCGUUUCUGGUCCGAGCAGUGGUUCAGUACAUGGGUGUCGUAAUGUUGGAGUUAAACUUGAUAGCGUACGGGAUUGCCGAGUUGUCGUACGCGGUGACGUUGCUCGUGAUGUUUAUGGUUUUAUACUGGCGACGAAUUUAUGUACUUUCAAGUGAAAAAGACAAGUUUGCGUUGACGACGAUGACUCAGCUACUACCUGGGAAGCCGGACGGAAAUAUAGAUUGGUAUCAUGCAGAGUUAAUGGCAUUGAUGGUACCACUGACUGUACAAAGUGGAGUCAAGUAUUUGCUGGCAGAAGGAGAUAAGUGGGUGCUGACUGGAUUUGCAUCGCUGCAGGCAAUGGGGGUGUAUGGCCUGGUGUCAAAUUUAGGAUCGCUCGUACCGCGAAUUGUUUUCUUGCCUAUUGAAGAAGCUACCAAAACUGUUUUUAGUAAGCUUGCACUAGCGCAGAAACAGAAGAGCGAUCAAAAAAAUGACAAGGAGAUUAACAAUAAAAGCCGAGCCGAUGGACAGACACUGCUACUGGUGCUGCUUAAGCUUAUGAAUUUGGUGGGACUGUUGUUCGUAUGCUUUGGAACCAGCUACGCAUACACAUUAGCAAUGCUGUUAUACGGAGCUGAGAAGGCUCGUCAGGGUGUGGGUGCUGCAUUAGCUGUGUACUGCGCUUACAUUCCAUUCUUGGGGGUGAAUGGGAUUUGUGAAGCUGUGGUGCAUGCUAUUGGAAACGAUUACGAGCUUAUGCAACUGAACAAGUUGCUCGGUGUAUUUUUUGCCAUAUACGCGCUUAGUGCGCUUGUAUUCAUGCAGGUACUCGACUGGGGCACUUUUGGUCUCAUCCUGGCGAAUUGUGUCAAUAUGGGCUGCCGAAUCCUCUACUGUUUGGCAUUCUUGGCUUCCUACUUUCGUCAAGUAGCUUGUAAGCGCCAAACGAGCAAUGAUUUUAUCAAUGGCUUAUCGUUUUGGUGCCAAUCUCUACCAGAUCGACUUGUGGUGACUGCAUUUGUAAUCUCGUUGGCAGUGACUUUGACAUCUCAGCAUGUAUUGCUCAAUUCCGAGACGGAUAGUUCAUUGAUGUUUCGACAUAUGGUGCAUGUUGCGGUGGGAGCACUUUGCUUUGCUGGAGUAGUGCUCAUACUCUACGUAAAGGAGUGGUACCUUUUACGUGCUCAAUUGACAGCCCUUUGGGGUCAAGGCAAGUCUCAUGAUGAUUAA